UUCUUUAAAUCAGUCAUUGCAUUUUUAUUUCUAUGUUUAUUGUUGAAGACUAAAAUAGGCUUCAUUAAAAUACACAAUAAAAGAAUUCCAUGAAGAUGUUAAGCAUCCAUAAUUAAAAUGUCCAGCAAAAAAAUCCCAUUAAAGGGACACAGCAAUUAAUAAGUAGAAAAGAACAGAACAGUGUGUUUUCAAUAAUAUUGCCUAAGAGGACCUUUCCCAUUUUCUUUCAGGGUAAAGCGUGCUUUGAAGCUGUAGCUGUGCAUUUCAUGGAUUAGGAGUGGCAUUGCUGGAUCCUGACCAGAGAGUUCUGCAUAAGAACAUCAUGGAGGAGAAUCAUGGGAUCAUGGACUCUCUUGGUGGUGAUGAAUUAGAAGAACAAGGGAGACCACAACAAAACCCACACAUUGGAGAAGCCAUAUCAAUUCAUACGGGGGAUAAACCAUAUCAGUGCCUUGAAUGUGGCAAGAGCUUCAGUGAGAGGGCCCAUCUCAGGGCCCAUCAAAGAAUUCACACAGAGGAUAAACCAUAUAAGUGCCUGGAAUGUGGCAAGAGCUUUAGACAGAGCAUCCAUCUCACUUCCCACCAAAGAAUUCAUACAGGGGAGAAACCAUAUCUGUGCUUGGAAUGUGGGAAGAGCUUCCGUCACACUGCCAACCUCACUUCCCACCAAAGAAUUCACACAGGGGAGAAACCCUAUCAAUGCUUGGAAUGUGGAAAGAACUUCAGUCAGAGGGCCAGUCUCAUUUCCCAUCAAAUAAUUCAUACAGGGGAUAAACCAUAUCAGUGCCUCGAAUGUGGCAAAAACUUCAGUUGGAAAAAAAGUCUCACUUACCAUCAGAGAAUUCAUAGAGGGGAGAAACCCUUUCAGUGCUUGGAAUGUGGAAAGAGCUUCAGAUGGAGCGAAAGUCUCACUGCCCAUCAGAGAAUUCAUACAUUGGAGAAACCAUUUCAGUGUAAAGAGUGUGGAAGGAGCUUCAGUUGGAAGGCAAGUCUCACUUCCCAUGAAAGAAUUCAUACAGGGGAGAAACCCUAUCAUUGCUUGGAAUGUGGAAAGAACUUCAGUCACAGCUCCCAUCUCGCUUCCCAUCAAAGAAUUCAUACAGGGGAAAAGCCAUAUCAGUGCUUAGAAUGUGGAAAGAGCUUCAGUCAGAGCUCCCAACUCACUUCCCAUCAAAGAAUCCAUGCAGCGGAGAAACCAUAUCAGUGCUCGGAAUGUGGAAAG